CACUAGUUCCGUCUUCUCUUGUGCCGUGCUUGCAUAGACUGGGCUGAGCAGGAAUUCCAGAAAAAAAACGUUUGCCCAGGAAGAGCCACAAAACCAUAGAGGAAGAGAGGACCCACAAGGAGUUCUCACAAGGACUUUCGUGAGGAAGUUGUUAGUGUUUUGUGACGUUAGACACCGGGGGUGGGGAUCCGCCAGCCGUCAUGGGAGCUGGGAGAGGUGUUGUUGUGCUUUUAGGGAGCAGGAAAGCGCAAUUGAAAGAAGAGGACUGACACACUCUUUGAAAGUGAACUGGGUUGUUUGAGUGGAAGCGCUACAACCAGAUAUACCACAUACCUCCUGAUGGAUUUUAGAGGGAAAGCCUACCCUGAAAUCUCAGACACUGCUGAAGAAUAGACGUCACACACGCAAAUACUCCUCUCACACACACAUCAGUGGGAGAGGAGAAGGGCAAGAAGGAACAUGGAGGCACUGAGAGAGUCUUUUCUGCAUUUAACUUUUCAGAUGUCAUCGUAUAAGAGAGCCACACUGGAUGAGGAGGACCUGGUGGAUUCCACGGGUGACGACAUCUACCCAACAUCGCCCAUGCAGGUGACUCUAUUGCACGGCCGUGCUCCCACAUGUUGGCCAGACAGGACACAGAGAGAGAGGAGGCUGCUGUUGUUGCUGUGCGUUGUGUCCGCGGGCCUGUUUGUAUCUCUCAUCACGACUGGGGUCUUCUACAAACAGACUCACCCGGGCUUGUGCCUAACCGAGCCGUGCAUCACUGUAGCCAGUGCGGUGCUGGGAGCCCUGGACAGAUCCGUAGACCCCUGCCAUGACUUCUACAACUUUUCCUGUGGGGGCUGGGUGAAGAACAACCCCCUCCCUGAGGGCAAGUCCCGCUGGGGACCUUUCAGCAACCUCUGGAAGCACAACAUGCUCGUAAUGAAGCAUUUAUUAGAAAACACAACGAUGAAAGAUCUGAGUAAGGCUGAGCAAAAGGCCCAGCGAUAUUAUCAGGCCUGCAUGAAUGAGGCCAAGAUUGAGGAAUUAGGAGCUAAGCCACUACAAGAGCUAAUCAACCAGAUAGGAGGGUGGGCCCUGACCGAACCCUGGGACAAGGACAACUUCCAGGAGGUUUUGCGUAUGGUGUCAGCCAACUAUCGCACCUCGCCUUUCUUCACUGUGUUUGUCAGCACUGACUCCAAAAACUCCAACAGCAAUAUCAUCCAGGUGGAUCAGUCCAGCCUGGGGCUACCUUCACGGGAUUACUACCUCAACAAAACAGCAAAUGAAAAGUAUCUGACGGCGUACCUCAACUUCCUGACGGAGUUAGGGGUUCUCCUGGGCGGCUCAGAGGAGACGUCUCGGACGCUGAUGGAGGAGAUCGUGGACUUCGAAACCACCCUGGCCAACAUCACAGUCCCACAGGACGAUAGAAGAGACGAGGAGCUCAUUUACCACAAGAUGGAGGCCAAGGACCUGACAACUCUGGUUCCUGCAGUGGACUGGAUGCCGUACCUCACAGAAGUGUUUGCUCCCGUGGAGCUCAACGAGUCAGAGCCGGUGGUUGUUUAUGCCAAAGAAUACCUCCAGCAAGUGUCUGACCUCAUAAGUAAAACAAAUAAAAGCCUUCUCAACAACUACAUGAUAAUGAAGGUGGUGAGGAAGCUUGUGUCCAUUUUGGACCAAAGGUUCCAGGAUGCCGAGCAGCGCUUCCUUGAGGUCAUGUACGGAACUAAGAAGAGCUGCACGCCACGCUGGAAGCUGUGCGUCAGCGACACAGACAGCGCCCUGGGCUUCGCUCUGGGAGCCAUGUUUGUCAAAGCCACCUUUGCCGAGGACAACAAGGCCAUCGCUGAGGAUAUGGUGGCAGAGAUCAAAUGGGCGUUUGAGGACAGCCUGAAGGACGUGAGCUGGAUGGACUCAGAGACGAAAAAAGCAGCAAAAGAAAAGGCAGAUGCAAUAUACAACAUGGUUGGAUACCCAGAGUUCAUCAUGAACGCCACAAAGCUGGACAAAGUGUUCAAUGAUUUCGAGGUGGUGUCAGAUCUUAACUUUCAAAAUGUCAUGCAGUACUACAACUUCUCAGCCAGAGUGACCGCAGACCAGCUGAGGAAAACCCCCAACAGAAACCAGUGGAGCAUGACCCCUCCAACCGUGAAUGCAUAUUACAACCCAACCAAGAAUGAGAUGGUUCUGCCUGCAGGAAUCCUUCAGGCUCCCUUUUACAGCCAUUCCUGGCCUAAAGCUCUUAACUUCGGUGGAAUUGGAGUGGUCAUGGGCCAUGAACUGACUCAUGCUUUUGAUGACCAAGGGAGGGAAUACGACAAGGAUGGAAACCUGCGUCCCUGGUGGAAAAACUCCUCCGUGGAGGCCUUCAAGAAGCAGACGCAGUGCAUGGUGGAGCAGUACGGAAAUUACAGCAUCAACCACGAGCCUCUGAAUGGAAAACACACUCUGGGAGAGAACAUCGCUGACAACGGCGGACUCAAGGCCGCAUACAAGGCCUAUGUGAACUGGAUCAAAACCAACGGCGAGGAGGCCACGCUGCCCGCCCUGGGAAUGACCAACCAUCAGCUGUUUUUUGUUGGCUUUGCCCAGGUAUGGUGCUCUGUCAGGACACCCGAAAGCUCACACGAGGGCGUCAUCACAGAUCCUCACAGUCCAUCCAGAUUCCGAGUCAUCGGCACCAUCUCCAACUCACACGAAUUCUCAGAGCACUUUGGCUGCAAAGCGGAUGCUCCCAUGAACCCUAAACAUAAGUGUGAGCUUUGGUGAGGCCUCCGUGCUGUUUGUCAGCAAAAAGGGAAAUGGACAUUUGGGAGAAUAUAUUGACAGAGUCUCUCCGGACGGGGAACGCUUGAACCACUGAAACACCUACCGCCUUGCCACUUAAUGCUUGUCAGGACUAAAUGUACCUGUUCUGUAUGGAGGAUCUCCAUCUUCCAUGCUUCUCCACAAGGACUGUUGGUUUACCAAACAGUUUUCCCCACCUUCUGAACUCAAAUGUAGCUCUGAAUGGGCUUUUUGGACACUUGACACUGGACACCCACAAAUGGUUACAGAAAUGGGGGGAA